AUGGAAGACUGGAGAAGAAUUGAUAUCGAUGCUUACGAUCCUGAAAGUGGGAGAUUAACGGCGGAUGAUUUGAAACCACCAUAUUCACAUACCGUGAGUUUACAAGAGUUACAGCCAACCAUUCAACAGUUACGUUCUUACACAUCAUCUGGUGAUUUUGCAGCUGCUGUUGAGCUAUUCACAACUGAUCCUCCAUACAACGCCGACGAACAAGCGAAAUCACAAUAUUUCUCUGGUAUAUUGGAGGUGCUAACCCAAGUGAGACAAGUGGAUAUUGCUAAUAUAGUUAAGCGCUUGGAUCGCAAGCAACAAGACGCAUUGAUAAAAUACCUAUACAAGGGUAUGUCUAUACCUGAGGGUCAAAAGCAUGGGGGUAUCCUUCUCGCAUGGUUCGAAAAGUUAACGCAAGUUGCGGGUGUCAAUCCAAUCGUUCACUAUCUCUCGGAUAGAAGAACUGUAUAA